ACCCAUUAAGAUGUUACACACACCAAUCAAACAAACCAAGAAAAAGAAUUGAAAAGAAAGAAAACAAAAAUGGCAAAAAGCAUGAAGUUAGCAUUUGUUGUUUUGGUGAUGUGCAUGGUAGUCAUUGCGCCUAUGGCAGAAGGUGCAAUCUCAUGUGGAGCUGUAACUAGUGAUCUUGGUCCAUGCCUUACUUAUCUUACAGGAGGUCCUGGUCCUUCACCACAGUGCUGUGGAGGAGUGAAGAAGCUUCUUGCUGCCGCCACCACCGUGCCUGAUAAACAGGCUGCCUGUAACUGCUUGAAAUCAGCAGCCGGUUCCAUUUCAAAAUUGAAUACUAACAAUGCUGCUGCCCUCCCUGGGAAAUGUGGUGUUAGCAUUCCUUACAAGAUCAGUACCUCCACCAACUGUAAUACCAUUAAGUUUUGAAGAUGACGGUGCGGUUUCAAGGUUAUCAUAUGGAAACUUCUCACUAGUAUUAUGAAAGUUUACUAUUAAGAAUAAUAUCUAAUGAGAGUGAUGGAGACUCAUCUUAUAUGUGGUCAUAUCUAUCCUCUUGUUGUACUAGACUAUAGUAUAUCGAAUUGCCUCUUACUUCAUGUGUUGUUGAAUCAAUCUAUCUAUAUUGAAGUCUUUUAAUUGAGUUUUA